AUGACCAAGGAUCCUCUCAAGCACAGGGUGUUCGAGGAGCUCACUAUCCAUACUACCAAGUGCGAUUGCUGUGAGGACCGCAAUAGGGAUAUCAUUCGUCGUUGCAAGACGUGUAGCUUCCAAGUUUGUACCACCUGCUUCGACGGGAACCCAUCCGCGCUCGAUCACGGCUAUGACGAGGACACCACCGACGACGAAGCGGGUGAUGAAGGUGAAAAGAUGGAGGGAGUUGAGGCUACAACUUCGGCCACAGCUACGCCUCCGGACCCAGCGCCGCCGGUCGCCUCCACAUCAGCUUCCCCGAAGGCCGCUUCCCUAGAAGCUGCUCCCCCUGCUUCACCAGCCUCAAGCACAAACGCUCCAACGUCCCAGACCGAAGCAUCUACUAGCGCAACAAACCCGCCCAAAACCCCCGCCGCGCCAGUCCAACAUGCGUCAGAACCUAGGUCCUCCGGUAAAGCCACUAAAGCCAAAGGAAAGCGCCGUGCGCGAUCUCCCUCAUCUUCCCCCUCCGACGCCGACAUGAGCAACGGCGGUGUCUCUGUACCCCAGAAGGGCAAACACGCUACGGUGGUGACUGACUCCGAGACCGAAGAUGGCGGAAACAAGUAUACGCCCAAGGCAACCCUCUCCGGCCGCUUCGCACCCGCUCGCACCGUUCAGGCAGACGCAGACACAGAGACGGACGGAGAAGACAUACUAGUGGGCGUCCAGCCAUCCAAGGGAACUCCUGCUCGACCUGGCGCUGCACAAACUGGCCGCAUCAAGCCGAAGACGACACCCAAGACGCGUGGAGCUACACUCGUGGAUGAUUCACAGGCGAAUAGCACGACCUCGACUCGCGCUAACCCGGGCACCAUUGAACGUCCUCAUUAUCCCCCCAUUGAUAGCGUCGACGCCUUCAUGGCAGGCUACACCCCUGGCCAAUCGCCCAUGGAUCGAGCGAUUCCUUCUCUUCCCGCUGAAAUUGCGGUUCCGAACAAGAUCAGCGGUGCACGUCCGAUGCCGCGUGCUACGGAAGUCAAGAAGAAGAUUGAAGAGGCUGCGAAGAAGGUCCUUGCUUUCACCAACAACAACCCAACCGUUGGAAGCGAGAACACACCCCAAAGGUUUCCUUAUCCGAUUCCGAAGGGCUGGCCCUUGCAAGAGAAUGGCAACCCUGUCGCCCCACGUAACGAGCUAGAGGCCCAGCAGUUUGUUGCCUUGGUUCGUUCUCAGCACGCUCGCGCGGCUACACAAGCUCCGCCAGAGGCCCCCACGACCGCCGCCCCCCAGCAUGCUCCUACCCCUGCCAUCGCCGUUUCUCAUGGUGAUCCUACUCUUACAGCCGCCCCCCCCCAACGUGCUCCUACCCCUGGCCCCGUCCUCCCACAGCAGGUCUUCCUCGGCGAGAUAAACAACAUGUUGCAAUUCAUGGACCGACCACAGCGCGCCGAGUUCCUCCGCCGCCUCACCGGCAAGGCCCACAAGAUCGCAGAUAACAUCUGGGGCCCUGCACCCCGCGCUGCUGCCCUACCCCAGGCUCCCCAGCAGCCCUAUCUCCCGGGGGGAUACAGGUACGUCCCACAGGAUCAGCACCAGCCCCAGCGGCUUAACUACCACUUGCACGACUACGCCCACCCGAGCGGAUAUGCCUACCGUCACCCAUAUGCUCAGAACGGACUGCCGGACCAAGCACCGCUGUCUAGGAACACUGGGCCCUGGAACGAUAGCCAGCUGCCUGCCGGUUAUGCUCCGCCUGGCUUCCUCCGUGCUGGAUCUAUCCCGCCGAAUGCGACUGUUACUCCGGCACCGCAGAACCAGCAGCCGCCCAUUGCGCCGCCGUCUAAGCCUGCUGGACUCGGGUGCCAUGUUCAGCUGCCUGCUGGCAAUGCUGUGCGUGACAGAUACUAUGCUGCAAUGGGCGCGCCGACCGCGGCUCCUGCUCCCGCCCCAGCUCCAGCCCCAGCUCCGACUACGGCAGAUCUACCUCGGGCUCAGCCUCAGACGCGCCAGCCUGCUUCUCAAGAGACGACUAAGGAGACGGCUAAGCGACGCCGCGUCGGUUAGCUACGCCCACGCGGAACCUGCUUGUGAGAGAGAGGUUGGGGAGUAUGUGUCUAGUGCUGUUGUGUUGGGCUGAGCAUGUGCAGUUCUGGAUUACGAAAUCGGCAUCAUUUCCAUGGUGUUGGAUUCUGAGCUUAGGUGAGCUGAGCUGCUAUGGGAAUGUUUUCGGCUAAGCUUGUCAAAUUCUGGUUCUCAUUCAACUGCGGCUGUGUUGAUGUUAAUGAUUCGGUGGUCAGCACAGUGAUGCUUCAUGCUUUCUGAACGGUAAAUUUGUGUCUUUGUUGGCGGUUUGUUACCUACUCUACCUAGUGGCAGAAUGUGGAUAGGGCAACGAUAAU